AUGAAUAACACUAAAGGAAGCCAUUUUGAAAUUGAAAUUUUAAAAAUAUUAAAAGAAAUUAGUAUGGAUUUUCAUAGGAGAAUCUGGAAUUCUCAAACUAGACCUGUGGUGAAUAGGAUAUAUAAUAGUGGUACACCAAGACAGGAACAUUUAUCUUGA